CUGCUGAGACGCCUUUCUUUUCGGGUUGCAGAUCUUCAUUCUUCCUCUGCUCCACUCGCAUGAGAUAGGCGCCACACCGCUGCGCUUCCAGGGCAGAUGCUCGGAACGGACGACGAAGAGAGAUAGACACGGCUUCGUUAUUGCUCGCUCUUCCUUCAAUUAGCGGAGAAGCCCAUGUAGCCCAAACAAAGAGGUUAAAGUUAAAGGCCCAAGCCCAAGUAGCCCAACUUAACAAGACGGCGAAACCAAACUGCCACGGGAAGGGAGGUUCUUCUCUUACGUAGGAACGGAGUUCAUAGCAGAGCCAUCAUCUUACUCAGAAGAAUCUACUUAUCUUUGCCUCUCCUCUUCCUCUCCCAGCCCAACUGCGAGUUCCAUCGUUCUCUUCCAGCCAGCUGCUGUGAGUUCCCUUCUCACUCUCCCAGCUGUGCGAAUUUCUCCAGCCUGAUUCUCCUUCUCAGUUCUCACCGUCUUCUCCUUCCCGUCGCCAUUGCCUUUUGCAGUCCUCACCUUCCAGUAGUUGUCCGGUCAUCGGUGCUGCUGCCUUCCUGCAGUGCCCUCCGGUCGCUGUCAUCACCUCAGUUCCGGAAUUAUGAAUAAUACUGUUAAAAGACCACUUAACGGAGGGGUAGAAGACGAUGAUGAGGAUGAAGCUGAUGGUGCAGACCUUGAAGCCUGGGAGAGAACUUAUGCAGAAGAUAGAUCAUGGGAGUCUUUGCAAGAGGAUGAAUCUGGACUUCUUCGCCCCAUAGAUACUACAGCCAUUCACCAUGCCCAGUAUCGCAGACGGCUUCGUGCCCUUGCUUCCACAGCAGCUACUGCUCGAAUUCAGAAGGGUCUUAUCCGUUACCUAUACAUUGUUGUUGACCUGUCCAAGGCAGCUUCGGAGACAGAUUUAAAACCAAGUAGGAUGGCUGUGAUUGGAAGACAGGUUGAGGCAUUUAUCAGGGAGUUCUUUGAUCAGAAUCCACUUAGUCAUAUUGGUCUGGUGACCAUAAAAGAUGGGAUUGCACAUUGUUUAACAGAACUUGGAGGCAGUCCUGAGUCCCACAUUAAAGCUUUGAUGGGUAAACUGGAAUGCUCAGGUGAUGCUUCCCUGCAAAACGCACUAGAGCUUGUUCUUGGCUAUCUAAACCAAAUUCCAUCAUAUGGCCAUCGAGAAGUUCUGAUCUUAUAUUCAGCUCUUAGUACGUGUGAUCCUGGUGACCUCAUGGAAACCAUCCAGAAAUGCAAAAAGAGUAAAAUAAGGUGUUCUGUCAUUGGCCUUGCUGCUGAAAUGUUCAUAUGCAAACAUCUCAGCCAAGAAACUGGAGGAACUUACUCUGUUGCACUAGAUGAGUCCCACCUGAAAGAGUUAGUUCUGGAGCAUGCUCCACCACCUCCAGCAAUAGCAGAGUAUGCUACUGCUAAUCUAAUUAAGAUGGGUUUUCCACAAAGAGCCGCCGAGAGUGCUGUUGCUAUUUGUACAUGUCAUGAAGAGGCUAGGACAGGAGGAGGUUACACUUGUCCAAGAUGCAAAGUUCGUGUUUGUGAGCUACCAACUGAAUGUCGCAUCUGUGGAUUGACGCUUAUCUCUUCACCCCAUUUGGCAAGGUCAUAUCAUCAUCUUUUUCCAAUAGUGCCAUUUGAUGAGGUCUCUCAAACAUCUCAAAAUGGUAGUAGUCACAAUUUUUCCAGUGAUUGUUUUGGCUGUCAAUGUCUCCUUAGGUAGGGAAACAAGCCAGGACUUUCUGUUACUUGCCCAAAAUGCAAGCAACAAUUUUGCCUCGAUUGUGAUAUUUACAUUCACGAGAGCUUACAUAACUGCCCAGGCUGUGAGAGUUUCAGGCAUUCUAAUUCAGUAACCACUGCACAGUGAUUGCCAAGCUUCGACCCUUGUGUUAAAACAUCCACCUAGGUGUUCUAUACUGUCUCAUUACCAGAUUCAAUCCACCUACUGGACUGAUGAUUUUUGUGUUUCAAGGCAUAAGACUAACAUUACCAUAUGCUCAUGGAUCAGAAUGGUUUGAUCUUGAUGCAAGCCGUUGAACAGGAAAUGCUUUGCAGGAACCGAAUGGAGAUUAUUUAUACUGUGGUGAGAUUUUUCUUUACCAUUUUAAACUGCAACAACAACUGAUCCUUUUCCGCCUUUUAUUCUUUGCUGGAAAUUGAGGCACAUGUAACGGUUGUCCCAUUUGAAUGAGGAUCUCUAUGUCAAGUUUAGAAGUAAGCGGUAAAAUCUUGUAGAUUUUUUUUAAAAAAAUCUCUGGGCUGACCCCACUGUUCUUGCUUGCAGAUAAUAUUUUAUUAAAUCAUCACUGCUUUGCAUAAAAUAUUUACAUGAUAUUUACAUUUGCC